AUGGGCAACACAUCCUCGAUGCUCACUCAGUACGACAUCGAAGAAGUCCAGGACCACUGUAACCACACAUUUUCGCAGCAGGAGAUAGUUUCUCUGUAUCAGAGGUUUUGUCAGCUCGAUCGCAGUGGCGGAGGUUUCAUCUCCGCCGAUGAGUUCUUGUCCGUACCUGAAUUCGCCGUCAAUCCUCUUUCUCAGAGAUUGCUAAAGAUGUUGUAUGGAUUGAACUUUAAGGAAUUCGUAGCUUUCUUGUCAGCAUUCAGUUCUCGUGCAACCUUGGAGCAAAAAAUUGAGUUUAUUUUUAAGGUAUAUGAUUCAGACUGCAAUGGGAAAGUCGCAUUCAGUGAUAUGUUGGAUGUUUUACGGGAUUUGACGGGGCAGUUCAUAUCUGAGCAACAGAGGGAGCAAGUGUUGACCCAUGUCCUAGAGGAAUCAGGCUAUACAAAGGAUUCUUUGCUAAGCAUAUCUGACUUUAUGAAGACUCUUCGCAACUCUGAUUUGAAGAUGGAGGUUGAGGUUCCUGUGGAUUGA